GGUGGUGGUGAUGGGGUUGCAUGUUUGGUACAGGUCAAUUGGGGAGCCCCUGGUGGAAGAAGCGGCCGCAGUUAGUGUGGUAAGCGAACUUCGCCAACAGGACCAGCUCCAUGUUCUCGGGACUUCUGCUGCCAGAGCGACUUUUCCUACUCCAAACCUUCAGCUCCAUGAUCCAACAUACCGGGUCCAUACUCGCUCCCCGACACGACCACGAUCAAACACUCUCCACUACUUUAAUUCGACCACUGACUGCUCCAGAGCAGCAUGUCGUCGUUGACCAUUCCGCCAUCUACUCCCCUCUACGACGAUGAGCCUCCCUCGCCUGAAGAAGGUCCGCCGUCGCCACGAAACAUUAUAGAGCCCGAUUCCGAUCUUUCCGAUAACGGCCACGAAACCGGUAGCUGUGAUACGAGCACGAAGAGUGUGCGAGAGAGCAUAUUCAACUUUAUAAAAGAGAAUGGACGGACCUAUCAUGCUUACCAAGCGGGCUCAUACUUAUUCCCGAACGAUCCACCCGAAUUAGAACGUCUAGACCUGCAGUUCGAGAUUCUAAAGGUUCUGUUCGGGGGCAGAAACCACUUUGCACCCCUCGAGAACCCACGCAAGAUCCUUGAUAUCGGCACAGGCACAGGGAAAUGGGCUGUACAGAUGGCCAAGAAGUUCCCCAACGCAGAAGUCACUGGAACUGACCUUUCGCCCAUCCAGCCUAUGUACUACCCAGCGAACUGCAAAUUCAUAAUAGACGACGCCGCCGAGCCAGACUGGAUGAUCCGUCCUUCCUCCCUCGACUACGUCCACACCCGCGUGCUCCUUGGCGCCUUCACUGACUUUCGUGAAAUCAUAAAAAAGGCCUACCACUCGCUGCGUCCUGGCGGCUAUCUCGAGUCCCAAGAAAUGUACAGCAUGCUCUUCUGUGAUGACGGCACCAUGCCGCCCAACUACCCGCUCCUCGUAUGGCAGCGUCGACAGGAUGGCGCCGCCAUGGACGCCGGUCGCCCUAUGCGCAUCGCAAAUAAGUUGAAGCGAUGGUACGAGCAAGCUGGAUUUGUAGAUGUUAAGGAGGAGAUGUUCAAAUUACCUAUCAACAGCUGGCCGAAGGAUCCGCAGUUCAAAAUGUUGGGACGGUUCAGUGAGCAGAAUCUGUUGGAUGGACUGCAGGGCUUCUCGUUAGCGUGGUUUUCACGCGUAUUACGUUGGACUAAGGACGAGAUUGAGGUCGAUUUGGUGAAUGUGCGUAAGGCGAUUAGUGAUCGCAGCGUGCACGCGUAUCUCAAAAUAUAUGUGGUAUGGGGACGAAAACCAUACCCAAAUGAAGUACCACGACAGAGCUGAUGUUAAAAUACUCGUGGACUCAUGACGAUGAGUAGAUCUCGAACGCAAUAUCUGAGAUUGGAUACAGCAGACCUUGGACUUACUAUCAUUCUACGACGAUCCCUGUUUCAAACAUGACGUAACGGCCU